AUGAUUGAGUAUUCAGUGCACUUGAUAUCUCGUCUAGAUCCUUUGAGAUAUUUGUUUGACAAGUCUGUUUUGGUCGGUCGCCUCAUGAGAUGGUUGGUACUUCUGACUGAGUUUGACAUUUAUUAUGUCACUCAAAAGUCUAUCAGAGGAAGCAUCGUUACAAAUCACUUAGCCUCAUUACCAAUUUCUGAUGGUAAAGUUCUUAAUGAUGAUUUCCUAGAUGAGGAUGUUGCUACUGUGACUAGUCUGUCAGGUUGGUGUAGUUUGAUGGUGCGGCCAAAUUCUGGAUUUGGGAUAGGUGUCUUGUUGAUAUCCCCUCAUGGUGACCACAUUCCUAGAUCUGUUCGUUUGGCAUUUUCGGAUGGACAUCUUGCCACAAACAAUAUUGUUGAGUAUGAGGCUUGUAUCUUGGGAUUGGAGACAGCUCUUGAGCUCGGGAUUAGACAGAUGGAGGUGUUUGGUGACUCCAAUAUGGUAUUGAGAUAG